AUGACAUCAUCAAAUAUGUCUUUGGAGGUGAUAGUGUCCGUGAGAACAACUAAUCUAGAAUCUCAUUACAUUCUAGAUGUUUAUGAAAAUGAGAUAAUGCACAGAAUGACAAAAUACGAUGGACACCAACCUAAUCUUAACAAAGAUGUUGCAGUUUCAUCUAGCUUGGUUGAAUCUUUGAAUCCACAUUUCAAUGUUUCGGCUGCUAAUUUUGCAAUUUCUCCUGACAAUGCAAGCUUCUCGUUCGCAAGUUUUCAUUCGUGCAUCUUCAACCAUGCGUAUUUUCACCUCUCUGUUCAACCACAUUUCAUUUUCAUUCACUGCCUCGCGUCUUCUUUGUUUUCUCUCGAGAGCGCCUCUCAACCAUCCACAGGAAGCUUCGAAGGAGUUCAAGUCGAGCCCGCGUCGCUCUUUUGGUCAUCUCCUUGGAGGCUCUUCCAUGAAGCACGAUGGAGCAUGCUACCAGAGAUAAAUGCAAUGUGGUUAUUGGCCAAUAACCUUAAAGGGAAAAUGCAAUGUGGUGAAGUUGUUAUCACGGUGAUGGAGUCCAACGACAAUAUCAAUCCAAGAUGAACAAAAUCCUUAGUGAUUAUUAGGAAAUUAUAGACUUGUCAUUCUAUGUUGUUUGACAUGUUAUUAAUUGUAGAAUUUAUAUUGUUUAACAUCUUAGGAACAGUACAAUCUAUUUAUGAAUAUUAGACAUUUUGUAAACUUAUUUGAUAAU